AUGGGGAUCUGUCACGGCCGGCUGCCAGAAACCACAAAGCCUUUGAACUUUGAACUGAGAGAGAAGCUGCGUUCGCCCAUCAUCGUCUUUGUGAUCGGGGGCCCAGGGUGUGGCAAGGGCUCGCACUGCGCCCGCCUGGCGACCAAGUACAACUUCUACCACGUGGCGGUUGGAGAGCUCCUGCGGGAGGAAGCCAAAAAGGCAACCAGCAGGAGCCGGAUCAUCAAGGACAUCAUGCUGAAAGGGGCCCUGGUCCCAGCGGGCUAUGUUUUGGACUUGGUGACUGACAACAUGCUUCGAACUGAAAACGUCAAGGGGUUUUUUAUCGACGGCUUUCCCCGGGGAAUCGGCCAGGCCAAGCUGUUUGAGGAAGUGGUGGGACGCUCGCCAAACAUCGUGAUCGUGUUCGACUGCUCCACGGAGACCAUGAUCCAGCGGCUGCUGCGGCGGAGUCACACGGGCACACGGGCCGACGACCACGAGAGAGUCAUCCGGCAGCGGCUGGAGGCCCACUACACCCUCUCCGAGCCCGUCCUCACCUACUACCUGCAGAAGAACAUGCUGCGGAAUGUCCUGGGAGAGGAGCCAUCGGAAAUUAUCUUCGCCAAGUGCUGCAGCGUUGUCGAGGACGUCUUGAGAGGGCAAUCAGUUCAGCGCUAAACUACAUAGUCUACUGAGUUCUA